CACGAAGCGCCCGUUUCGCUGGCCGAUCGCAAGGGGCCGUCACCGUCGGUGGGCGCAGUCGCAGUCAAGCCCAUGAAGCAGACACAAAUGGACAAGUGGUGACGAUAUACACAGGGAGCUAGUCAGCUCGGGCAAGUUAUGACCAACAUGGAGAAAACGAAACGCAGAGGUGGGUGGGUACCGGCCGGGGCCGUGUUCACUUGCCGCCGGUACCUGCUGUUCGCCGUGCUGCCCGUGGUGGUGCUCCUCUACUGGGUCAACUCGCAGUACGGCGUCGGCUUUCUGCCCGUUCCGCCCGUGUUACGUCUGGUUCAGCCGCAGCAGGCGCGCGGCCAGUACCUGGUGGACACGCCCACCUGCCGCAUUCCCAACGUGGACCCGUUCGACGCCUCGGUGCGCGAGUUCGCCCGCCCGCCGGAGCCGAUCCUGUGCAACCGCGAGCCGCCGCCGCUCACCUACAGCGACAUCGACUCGGUGUACCUGCUCAGGGAGCGGCAGCACCUGUACGGCGCCAGGCCACCUUUGACUUCAGCAUCCUGCUGUACCCGAGACAUAGACUGGAUCAACGAUCUCAACAGUUCUAUCCCUCGAAACACGAUGGGCAGAGUACGGAGGUCGCCACGGUGCCGGCCGCUCCUGGGCAGCUACACACCAAGCGCCGACGGCGUGGAGGUGACCUGCGCCGUGAACAAGACGAUGGUGUACCGCGACUACUACCACUUCGUGCCGCUGCGGCCGCAGCUGGAGGCGGCGAGUCUGCAGCGACGGCCGCAGGACGUGGCGCCCAACGUGCUGAUCUUCAUGUUCGACUCGCUGUCUCGGCUGCAGUUUCUGCGCUGGUUCCCGCGCUCGCGCCGCUUCCUCAGCGAUCGGAUGGAGGCGUUCGAACUCGGCGGGCUCAACAAGAAUGGCGACAACACCUGGCCGAACCUGGUGCAGAUGUUCACCGGCAUGGAGCAGGCCGAGAUGAAGCGUCAGUGCGCACCGGAUCCCAAGAAGGACCCGCUUGACGGCUGUCCGUUCAUGUGGAAGGAGUUCAAGCAGGCGGGGUACCGCACGGCCAUGGCCGAGGACGCGCCAGGGAUGGGCUCGUUUAAUUACCUCAAACUGGGGUUCCUGAAGCAGCCGACGGACUACUACACGCGGCCCACCAGCCUGCUGUUGGAUGCCAACAUUGCCUACAACAAGCAGCUCAACACGAAACCGAACCUGUGCGAGGGAACGCGAUACAGCUACUUCUCCACCUUCAAGUAUGCGCUGGAUCUCGGCACGCGUCUGGCGGACCGACCGUACUGGGGUUUCGUCUGUCAGAACGUGUUCUCGCACGACUCAUUCAACAUGCCCUAUUUCCUGGACGAGCCGUACUACAAGGUGCUGGAGUCGCUGUUCAGCAGCGGCGCGCUCAAUAACACCGUCCUGGUCACCAUGGGCGACCACGGCCUGCGCUGGGGCCGCGAGCGGCAGACCUUCAUCGGCGGCCUGGAGGAGCGGCUGCCGUUCAUGAGCCUGUACUUCCCGCGCUGGCUGCGUCGCCGCUACCCAGCCGCCUUCGACAACCUGCGGGUCAACCAGCACCGCCUGAGUACCUUCCGCGACGUACCGGACCACUUCUGCACGUGCCUGCGCUCUGAGAAGAUCGCGGCAAGCGACGGACGCGCCACGCUCGCCGCUAAGGCCGUGGUGCGCGAGCUGAACGUGCUGCUGCGCGCGGCCCCGCAGUGCGCGCCGCUGAGGCUCCAGCGCGUGCUCACGGCGCGCAUUGCACAGCCGCUCAAGGGCGAUCCGAAGAAGAGCGCGCCGUUCCUGCGCCAGAUGACGACGGUGCAGCUGCAGACG